AUGCAGCUCCUGGUGAGGGUGCCGUCUCUUCCGGAGCGGGGAGAGCUGGACUGCAACAUCUACCGGCCCUUCAACCUCGGGGACCGAGAGCCCCGCCGUCUCCCCGGGACGGCGCGCGCCCGCUGCGGCCACACGCUCUGCACCGCCUGUCUGCGCGAGUUGGCGGCGCGUGGCGACGGCGGCGGGGCGGCCGCGCGUCUGCGCCACGUCGUCAUGUGCCCCUUCUGUCGCACGCCCACCCCGCUCCCGCGCGGCAGGGUCACGGAAGUCGCGGUCGACCCGGACUUGUGGUCGCGCUUGGAGGCAACAGCGCGGGCCGCGCACGAAUCUAAUGGGGCGGGUGGUCCGGUUCGGGAAAGCGGCGAUGUGGACCGAAAGGCCGAUGUACGAAAAGGAGAGAAGGGGGCGGGGCCUAGGAGCGCGGGAUGGCGUGAGCUCCUGCGGCCCUGGGCUCGGGUGCUGGCACCCGCGCGCAGGUGGCGGCGCCCGCUGCCUAGCAACGUGCUGUACUGUCCAGAGAUCAAGGACUCGGCCCACAUGACCCGCUGCACGCUGUAA